CCGUCUGUUAUAUCCACUGUGGGUGGCGGGCAAUUUGUAAUAUUUGGUUGUUAUUGUUACUUGUUGUUAUUGUAUUUUAUUGAUUUUUCAUAAAUUGUUCAUCCAGAUGCACAAUAAAAGAAACUUUAUUGUAACAAAUACAAGAGGAGAGUUAUUAUAAAUCUGGCCGCAUAUGACGGACUUGCGCAACUUGUAAGAUUCUAAAAAAACAAAUAUUAUUUGUCACACAUCUGCAGGAGCAAAUUUAUUUCUUAAAGCACGCUUAUCGCAAUGGCACUAAACGAGAGCAAAGUAGAGAAUAUGAGAGAAUACAUAGACACUAGCUACUCUUCUGGCGAUGGAAUGAAAUAUAAACAGUUUUACCAGGAGGAGAAUAAUAAUGAGAUAGAUGAAAUCACAAAGGACUUCUCAGAGAUGGGCUGUAUUGUGGACGCAGUGAAAAGACCUCCAAAUAUAUGUAUUGAGACUUGUGUUUACGAAGAACCUGAAUCUGUUAAUGAUAAUGAAAGAUCUCACAAUGAUGAUGAGGUACACUAUUCAGAUGAGUUUGAGGAGGAAGACCUGAGUGACAUAGAGUUAGAAAAGCCACAAAUCAAAGCUCUAAGCAGCAGUAACAGUAAGGCACAGAUUGAUAAGUCGUUGUCCAAAUCUACAGUCAAAUUGUCAAAGAGCCAGUCAUGUAUGUCACGGGUUAGUCAAAAACAGGGCUCUGUUAGUGGAAGGUCUACAGAUUAUGGGUCGGUGUCAGUGCCGUCCACUCGGCGCGUGAACAUGUCGUUCACCAACGAACGGUUGCGCGAGAUCGAGAGGCACAACCACAUCUUGCUGAACAAGAUUCUGUGCGCGCGCAACUCGCGCAAGUCCUCCAUACCGCCGCGCGACGAGCGCAAGAAGCCGCCGCCGCCCGCCGCCGUGCAGAGGCGGACUAUGCAGAGGAAGAUUGACCACGACAAUAUGAUCCUAUUGAAGAAGAUCCAGCGCGCCAAAUCGUCGGCAUACAGCCUCCGCCGUUGAUACAGAUGCCGCGUCCGGCGAGCGGGCGCAUGCUCCUAUUUGUUAAAUAAAUUUUAUAUUGCUAUUA